AGCAUUUGGUGAACAUUAGAUAGCAAAACCAAACUUGAUUCCCGAUCAUAUAUAUGAAACAAUCGUCCAGGAUGAGAAGACUGGCCUCAUAGAUAUAUUUCCAAUCGUUUCAACUGAAACAUUCUUUGUCAUUGAUUAUCAGGGUUGACGUAUCCUAAUCCUUCCGACAUCGACCAACUUCUGCUUUAACUCGUGAUCAGUGACCUGAAAAUCUACAAAGUAUUAGUGUUAAGGCUGAUAGGUACAUUUUCCAAAUGCACCUUUCCAUAUGAGUGAGACUGUUAAUCAUUUCCAUAGCUAGACAUGUUGCUGUAUAAAUAUACGAUGCAUUCAACUGUAGAAUAUUGUUAAUAGUAGCAACAUUGAAGAUUUGACAGCUUUCAAUAGCGGAUUUACAAACGAAAUACUGGACUGUGGAGAACAAGUGUACUGUUUUUCGUCGGAGUGGUUUGACAACAAUGUUACAAGACUGUUGAAAUACCUGAUUCGGCAAACCAUUGUACAUGGUAGUGAACGUGAUGAUUCAAGCAGUGAAAUCUAGAAAGGAUGGGGUGUUUAUCAGACAAUAGCAACCAGGAGUUACUUUCUGCCAAUUAUACUGAACAUGGUGAUGAGAACCAGAUCUGUGGGAACAAAUGUAGCCAGCUUAUCAAUGGAGCAUACACAGCCCUUAAGUCAAGGUAUUUCUGGAAAGCUGUUUUAUUGGGUCAGUUUAUAUCCCUCCUUCUGUGUGGACUAGCAGUCACCAGUGGUCUUCUGUCCAACCAAGGAGUUAAUAUACCAACUGCUCAAUGUUUCCUCAACUACUUGUUGCUGUGUUUGACCUUCACGCCAGUCCUAGCUUGCCGCCGUGAUGAGAAAAAUCUCUGCCAGCGUUUGAAGACUUGGGGCUGGAAGUAUCUCCUGAUUUCUAUUGCUGAUGUGGAGGCCAACUUUCUGGUGGUCAGUGCAUACCAAUUUACCACUGUCACCAGUGUCCAGCUGUUGGAUUGUUUCAGUAUUCCUAUGGUUUUAGUGUUGUCAUGUCUGGUCCUCCGUGUUCGGUACAAACCACUCAACUUUGUAGGAAUUGUUGUUUGCCUUCUGGGUAUGGGUGGACUGAUACUUACCGACUUUCUGUCUGGUAAUGUUGAUGUCAAGAACACUGGCAAAGCACCCAACAAGGUCUUGGGAGACAUGCUGUGCAUCGCAGGUGCCUCCCUGUAUGGUGUGUCAAAUGUGGCACAGGAGUAUGUGGUCAAGAUCUAUGACAAGGCAGACUUCCUCGGCAUGGUUGGUCUUUUUGGAAGUUUUAUCAAUGGAAUCCAGUUUGUUAUCGUUGAACGGGACAGAGUCAUGGAAGUUGACUUUUCUUCCUACCAUGUAUUAUUGCCUCUGAUAGGCUUCACAGUGUUCCAGUACCUCUUGUACACCUGUAUGUCUGUCGUGAUUCAGCAGACUAGUGCCACUGCUGUCAACAUCUCUAUCCUGUCAGCUGAUUUCUACUCUCUGUUAUUUGGUCUAUACCUGUUUAAAUAUGAAUUCCACAUUCUGUACUUUCUGUCAUUUGUGCUAAUCCUCAGUGGAUUAGCAAUAUAUUCCUGUCAGUCAACAGAAUCACAACUAGCAGACAUCACCAACAAUAAUCCCCCCACAAGAGACUCCUAUGAAGAAAUGGAGGAAUCAAGUGUGGACGACUGACAACAACUUAUCCUUCCAUGACCACCAGUGUUAAUUUAAACAUAUCUAUGAAUUGAUUGUGUAAAUUUUCAUUAUAUUUUAACCUUUUGAAACUUAUUCUUUGGGUAAGGAAUAAUGAUAUUCAUAUGUGCUGGAUUAUAAUUUUAUUUUAACAUGGGAGAUUAUUUUAGGUUUUGUGCAAUUGUGCUGUAUUAGCAAAAGUGAUAAACUCUCCACUAAUUCAAGAUUGGUCUCGUUAUACCACUUUGUGUAGUCAGGAUGUUUUAUAUUGCCUCUAGAUUACCUGAUAUAUGAUUGUAUAAGCAGUUCAAAUAUAUGUAAUAUAUGCAUUGUAGUUUUAAAUUUUAAAUGAGCAGUUGCGUUGAAGAAUAUACUAAAAUCCGAGUUCCUCAUUGUCAUUAUGUUUACAUAUCAUGGUCAGUAAUGAGCUAUAUACACACUUAAAUUUGGAAAUAUGGGACUUCAUAUUUUUCAAAAUAAUGUUUUUGUACUAGGUUUGAAAUUACUAUUUGGACAGCCUUAAAUUGGUGUCUUCACAGCUAAAACUAACUUCACAAGAAGUGUAAACAUUAUGUUCAUAUUGAGUAUCUGUUUCGAGUUUGGAUAUUUUACUGUGACAGUGUUGUUAAUCUUUAGACAUUUAUUCAAGAACAGAUUUCUUAUUCAAAGGUGUAGUUUGGGUAUAAAUUAAUAUUUUAGCAAUUUUAUCAUUUCUGAAUUGGUAACCAUGGUUUUCACUUGUCAGAUAUUGAGGGGAAAGGUUUUGUACAAUUUUCAUUUCUCUCUUACAGUUACAACUUCUAUGUUAGUAUAUAUAACAAUAUGUACCUUUCAGGGAUUUUUUUUCACAAAUAGUUAAAUACAAGCAGAUUUUAAGAAGGUAGCGGUUUGACUGUACCCGAUGUUGAAAAAAAAUUAUGUCACAUUUUGGUAAGUUAGGUAUUCACCGAAAGGUUUUGUGUGGUGUCUGGCAUCUAAGCAGGAUUAUCAGUAUUCAAAACAAGUUACACAAAGCAUGGUAAGCAUGGAGAACUGUUAUCAGAUUUAGUUACAUUAACAUACACCUAAUCCACACACAUCUCUACCUAAAAAACUAUGGUUAUUUACUGUAUAUCAUCACGGGGAAGUGCAAUGUAUUUUAAGGAAGGUAGGAGCAAUAAUGGAGUUUUAAAAAAAACACUGUUUUCAAUGUAUUGUCAUUGGAAAUUUUAGAGGAAAAAAAGGGCAAGAAUAGAGAUAAAUACUAAAAUAUAAAAGUAUAAAGAUCUUUAGCAGGCAGCUUGCUGCCUUUAUGCAAAUAAGUAUCAUUUUACCUGUAGCAUAUACAUAUGUAUAAUUCUGUUUCUUUCACAUAUAUCCCAUACAGUGUUGUGAUGGUAUAUACCAAGUCUGGUUUUAUUCCCUAUUUGAAAUGAUUUAUUAAGUAAGAGCUAAACAGUAUCUGGUUGAUUUUCAGUUUAAGCAAUCAUAGCAAUUGCUGGUAUGUAUCUUUGAAUAUUGGAGUGUUGUAUGAAAUUCUUUACCAAGUAUGCACCCUUUAUGAAAAAAGUUAUAACAAUAAUAAGAUUUUUGACAGGUGCCUUAUAGUAGGUAUAUAUGAUUUUAUGGUGCUAUUGAAAUGUACAAAUACAUUGAGGUAAAUGUAUUACAUUUACAAGCCUUUGUGUAACAUCUAAUUUUUUAAGAGAUGAUGUUCACCAGAGUGUUGUAUAUCUAUUGUACACAAUCCAAAGUCCUGUUCUUGCAACCAAAAUUUGAAUUUUUGUACACAUCAUUUAGAUAUUCCUGUAAUUUAAGAUCUGCUGAUUUACACAAUGUGGCAUUUCUGGAUAAAGUUAAUAUAUAUGUAUGUAGCCCUUCUGAGUUAUACAAUGCAAACAAAGUAUGAUAGCUUUGUAUGUACUCAAAUUUAACACUUAACAUAGUUACAUUAUCAAAUGAGGUGUGAGAAAGUAUUUGAAAGGAUCGCUGUAGUAAAUGUGAUGGUUGUAUGUACCAUAUGGUAGGAAGGUACACCCAAAGACAGCAACUGGCUCAAACAUUUUGAAUGUUUUACACAGCUAAUUUUGCAUCAAAACAGUGUUUUAUAUGAUCUUUUGUAUGUCACUGUCUGGAUAAUGAUUGUUAAAUCUGUAAUUCGCCUAGAAAUAACAAAUGCAUCACAACAUGAUAUGAUCAUCACAUUUACUACAAAGAGGAUGGUACACUGGGUAUAAGCUUUAGAUGUCCAUACCUUAAUUACUGUUGGUUUAAGAAUGUACUUGGAAUCUUUUCACAUGGUUUUACUUUUACCUACUAAUUAUAUGAUAAAAAUUUAAGAUAUAAAGUUACUAAAAAAAUUACACUGAAAUAAAAUAGUUAGGGAUGCACUGCUUAUAACAAUAAGAAAGCAUUUGUAGAUGUAUAUGUUGCUUAGGGUUUAGUAAAUUUUCUAAAUAACUUUUUAAAAAAAUUGAAAUCACAAUUACACUGACCUAACAGUGUAGAAGGAGAUGACUUAAUAAUGAAAUUUAUAUAAUAAAAGCUCUGAUACCACAUUAUCUCUUUACAUUAUCAUUUAUCUUACAGAAUAUUUUAUAAAGAAUUAAACAAUAAUUUCAAGUGGAACAUGCAAAUUGUUCUACAUGUCCAUUUAAUUGUUAUAUUGAUCGAUAUUAAAUACAAUUCAUUUAAAAUUUUUAAAGUCUAGUAUGAUAUUGUGUUUAGUAUAA